AUGGGUUGGAAGAGAAAGAAAGCCUUCUAUACCAUUCACAUGCUGACUAAUUCCAAACACCAACAACUGUUGAUCACAGUGCUGUUGCAGUCGUUUUGCAAUGGUCAGUCCGAUUUGACCAUACAGGAGCGAACCUUUGGGUCAGCUGUUGUUCAGGCAGUAACUGAUCGUAUACGGAGUAGUUGCAUAUACUCAGAUGACCGACUGUUUAUCAGACGCUUAGCCAUUGUUCAGUCAGAUGACGGAGGCGUCAACACUACCUACCGAAACGGAUACUAUGGCGGAAUAUGGCAGAUUGAUGAAGCGAAAUUUAACAUCACUAGAAACUGUAGCUCUUCUGCAAUAAGCCAGGAAUGCAGCGCUAUAUUGUCUGAAUUCAACAUCAAUUGGCGUACUGUUCAGUGGACAGACCUCUGGAAACCACUGUACUCCGGCCUAGCUGCGUCUCUAUACCUUAAACUACAAGGUGUUGACCCUGCCCCCGCUGACCUUUCAAGUCAGGCAUAUCUUUGGACAAAUCAUUUCCAGCCGGCCCAAAGCGAGUUAACUUACACGACAAAGAUUCAGCAAGCAGAGAGCACUGCCGAUGGUUCGUGUGACUACAAACCUAUAGAUGUUGUUUUCAUCAUUGACGAGUCCGGGAGUGUUGGGUCUACCAAUUUCAACAAAACAUUAAAUUUCCUAUCGGAGGUCGUAGACAACCUAAAUAUCGGACCUAGUACUGUACAUGUUGGUCUCGUCAAGUUCAGCUCUUUUGCUACUCUGGAAUUCUAUCUAGGAACACAUUCGACAAAAACAUCCUUAAAGUCAGCUAUUUUGAAUACCGCAUAUAGAAGUGGAGGGACAAGCAUCGGGGCGGGUAUACAGCACGCAGACAAGUAUGUCUUUCCAGAAAUAUAUGGCGGAAGAAAAGAUGCAACAAAAAUUGCCAUUUUGGUCACGGAUGGUGUGUCAUCGUCUGCUUCGUUUACUAAACAAGCAGCAGACGCUGCCAAGGACAACCACAUUAGGAUCUUUGCUGUGGGGAUUGGACGUAUCAAUAUCGUAGAACUCAACUAUGCAGCCAGCGAUCCCGCCUGUACACACGUUUCAGUUCUGACAAAUUUCAACCAAAUCGAUGAUAUCAUUUAUGAAAUCAAGAAAAGCGCCUGUAGAGCGUCAAACCAGGUAGGAGAGGAAGCCGAAGUGGACGGGGUUGUAACGGGAGAGGACGGAUCUACCAUUCAAAUUGACACUGGCGACGGCAACAACAAGACCAUCACUACAGAAGUAGAUUGUGGUGAACUGAGCGUGUUCAGUUCAUUCUAUACGUCACAUCCGGGUCCUGCGUUCUACGACCAAAAGGAUACUGCAAUAGAAGGUUCCCCGUCGGUGUUCGUUGUCCACGUGACCGACAGCCGGCCUCUCUACAUAACGUUUGUUAGACUUAACCCCGAUCCUUCCUGUCCUAAUGCAUCGUACACUGUGAACGUUUCCAAUGAUCAUCCAACAGACACGGGUACUGACAUCAUAUGCAAAGUGAACGGCAAGUGGCAGUUAUGUGGUUCCGGUAAUGUAGACGGGGAUGACGAUUUUAACGAAAUAUGCGGAGUGUAUGAAAAUACCGACUGGAAUACUAUAUCUAAUCCCUGUAAGAAGGACGGCGAUAAGUACCACUCUCACCCGACAGAUCCGGCCAAGUUCAUCACUUGUGGUGACACACAGAAGAUGUACAUCACCCAAUGUCCUGUCGGUAAACUCUACACCAACGGAGGAUGUGCAUAUGCACACAGGCUAAGCUUUGGAAACAUUGACCAUUCUGCAGGAAGUCCGGUCGAUGCCCUCAGCUUUCAUAUAAUUCUCUGCAGAGUCAGUGGUAGUCUUGGAGAAUGUCUAAGUAAAGAUCUCCCACAGGACUUCUAUGAAAAACUAUGUGAAGGAACAACACCAUCGGUGCAAGAUCCUUGUACUUCCUGUGCAAUAAGUGACGGCCAUCUUGUACACCCUUUUCCACUGGACGACAACAAAUACAUCACAUGUGAGGACGAGGACAAUCACCUCAUCACACAGUGUCCUGUCGGAGAGAGGUUUAGCGUUGCCAAACAGGGCUGUAUCUCAUCUACAGAGGACGGCGACGACGAAGAUAGUGUAGAGGGUAAUGGCAAUGUUAAUCCUUGUGCAGAAGCUGUCAAGCUACACAAAUUUUACUUUCCGUACCCGAACGAUAAAACGAAAUUUAUCCAGUGUGAUGAAUGGGGCCAUUCCUUUAUUAUGUCUUGUCCAUCCGGUCAAAUUUGGUUCGAUCAAAUUUUGACAUGCGCAGUUGAUACACCUGGUACAAAAACAGAUGGGGGCUAUUCCGAAAACUCGUGUACCGGUAAUGCAGGCAAGACUAUAGCUCACUCAGACCCGACCAAAUACAUCAACUGUGAUGUAAGCGGCAUCGCUCACAUCAUGUCGUGUCCGAAAGGUCUCAGGUUUUAUAUGUCACUGUCUAGGUGUGACUGGUAACACAGAUAUAUACAAACAUGAUUAAUCAAACAUGAUUAAUCAAACAGAUCAAACUCAAUCGCUUGCAAAUGCAAUUAUCCGAUAAAUGUGUAUUUAAAGUAUUGCCAUAGUUUGAUAGAAUUCCCCGCGUGUGGUUGAUUAAAAAUACAAAUAAAUAGAUAAAUAUAAGACAUAUAUAUAAAUAAACAAUAGAUUAAAUUGACAGAAGGAAAUUGUCGAGUGGCUAUUUGAUUUAUACCAAAUAGUAUGGAGUCGAGAAGUACAACUUAAAAGAUGAAGUUGGAUGCACACUAUCGUAGCUGCGGAUUAGAUGGUUAUAUCAUGCAGACAUUACAAAAAUGUCCACCGUUUCAAAAAUUAAUAGGGAUGGAGGAGAAAUAAAUGUAAAGUAGACAUUUUUGAAUGAAUUAUCUCUCUUUGGUCAAUUACAUUUAUAUACAUUUUUUUUUCAUUGUAAGAUUGCGUUUUCAUUUAUUAAUUUCGUUUUUAUAUUAUUUUUAUUUAAAUUGAUUUCCAAUAUUUCCACCUUAGAUAUGAAAAGAAAAAUAUAUAUUUUUGCACUAUUACUACCCUUCAAAAGUUACAUAUUUUAACAUGACUACCAACCCCUUAAAAGUUACAUAUUUUACACUAUUACCACUCUCAAAAUGAUGUAUGUAUUAGUUAUUACCACUUUCUAAAUGCUACAUACAUUACACUAUCACAUCCCUCCAAUGUUACAUAUUCAACACUACUACCGCUCACCAAAAAUGCUGACAUAUUACACUGUCACCAACCUCCAAAACUUACGUACUUUAUAUUUUAACCACCAUCUAAAAGAUUUGUUUUAAUUUCUCUUUAUCUUAUCGUACUAUGCUUUUGUAUUUGAUAUGUCCCUAACGGCCUAAUUAGCGAUCCGUUUUAGAAGGAUGUUAUCAAGAUUUUAUGUUUGACGUGCUUUUAUACCAUGGAUCAAAUGUAACGCGUGUUUGUAACAGUUUGUAUUCUGUCGGCGCUUUAACGUCUUUAGAUAAUUAAUGUUAAUUUUCGUAAAAGUUAUAAUUUGUUCAUCUGUUUAUGUACUACUUUGAAGGUUUUACAAUAACAUUGUGUUUAUCCGGAAAUAAGCUUACUGGUGUUAAUUGCAAUUUAUUUACUAUAAAUGCCGACAGAUUCUUUGCAAUAUGCAUUUCUGUAGCUCGUGCCUUUUAGGCAAUUAUCUAUGGAGCAUUAACGGCUUAAAUUUAUUAAACAUACAAGAGGCUUUUAUAUUCAAUUGACUGACAUGGUUCAUACAGACCUUGAAAAGUGCUAAUUUGUUUUUAUCUUUACCUAAAGUCUUUGAAAAGUGCUUGAGUUUUGAAAUUUCGUUCCUGGGGUUUACUGAGUGCUUGAUGUUUUUGUUUAGUUUCAGAAUUAAGGAAAUAUUAUGUAAAUUUUCAUGUUUAUAUGUAGAUCGCGGAUUUUAUUCGUAUAUUAUAACUAGGCAUUAUCUUCAUGGUUAUUUUUUAAAAACGCAUUAUUUUUUUUACUUACAUGAUAGAUUCGGAAAGGUAAUGUUCUUAUGCUAUUUUAAUGUAGAUAGAAAUAAUAAAAAAAACAUUUACCUACAAGUUUGGACAACAUAAUGAAUCUUGAAAAUUGAGAAAAUGUUUAAAAAGUGUUCGAUUUUUUAUAGGAAAAUCUGUAGGAAUCAUGUGACAUCUUUUACAGAUGGAUAUUCUUCAGUAAAGCUUUUUCAUAGUUUUUAGUUGUACAACUGCUUUUUUAUAUUUGUCAUUCAUGUGUGAUGUGAUAUGAUGUGAUGUGAUUAAAAGUCGU